AUGUUCUCCUUUACAACCAAGCUCCCCCUCCUAGUCACUGUGCUCUCUUCGCUCUCCCUCAGUGUUCUCGCGGCUGUUCCUGCUCACCCUGGCGGGCGACUGUCGCCCUCUGAAGCAGAGCUCAAAUACUCUCGUGCUCACUCGCUCGGUGACGACUACACCUUCAGCGUGCAGGAUGGCUGGCAGACUGUCAAUAUCUCCGAUCUCCUGUACAAAUACGAGCCUCCGGUCUCUCAGACGUCUUACGCUCUAGACUUGGGCUCUGCUUUGGACUCGGGGGCUGUCAGGCAAGGACUGGCGAAACGUAGUCUCAAGAAAGUCGGAGAUGCCGUCAAAGGCGCGGUGAAGGAUAUCUUCAAAGGAUUGAAGGCCAUAGGGCAAGCGGAAGCCGUCACGAUUACAUGGUAUACCGGACAUGAUCUUCAAAACCCAAGUUGCUGGUCCAAUGGUAACUGGGCACCAACGGACGCAUCAUUCGCUUGUGCACUCACUCUCGACGGUUGGACAACCAAACCUCAAUGCUUCAAGUUCCUCGAACUCUGCAACAGUCCAAAGAAAUGUGUGUACGUGCGGGUGGUUGAUACCUGCGCCGGCUGCGCCUCUGGUUCGAAACAUGUCGACCUCACCAGAGCAGCGUUCGGCCAGCUCGCUAGUUUCGACGAGGGGUCACUCUCUGUUCAGAUGCGAUUGGCUACGGAACCUGAUUCAUGGGCGGAAAACCUCUGGGGCCCUAAGCACUGA